AUAACCGUAUGACGGGUUUCCGCUGUGAAAUAGCAUAGCCAAGCGGGAAAACAACCCUGUUACUAUGUAAACAUAUACUUAAUAAAGAACAGAGAGGCCAACUGCCACUUUGUCUGAAAGAGCAUCUUGCCCAGCAUCAUAACUCGUUGCGCCAAGUUCGCCUGGUACCUUAGCAAAAAUGGACGAAAUUGAUAUGGAGAACCGAGAUCCCAACAACAUCAACGACCAUUUAAAGGUCCAGUUCGAAGACAUCUUGGCAGAGCCCGCGGGUGCACACAGCAUUGACUGCUGCUGGAAGUUUACCAACACGUGCUUCAACUGCGCCUUCAAAUGCUGCUACAUGUUGAUGACCCUGUGUGGACCUAUCUACGGUCUCUGCUAUGGUUGGCAGUACGCCAUGCUUGCUUGUUCUCACAUUUGGCAGUACACGCCACAGAUCAGAGCUUGCGAAAUCAAUUGCAUCAUGUUCAGGAAAAUAUACAGCAUCUGCCUCAACUGCUGCCUGACGCCAUUCUGCGAGUCCUGCGGUGCCUUCUUCAGCAGGAUACAAGUCAAACAGUAACUCAGCGACAACCUAUAACCCUCCUGAUAUUCCUACAGAACUUUACCCCAACUUUGGAAAAUGUUGUGUUCUAGUCUGCCCUCCAGAACAAUCACAACGUCUGCUCGUUGACUUUUUGGGCAUUAAGCACGCGUAUUUACAGUUUUUACAGUGCAAUUGGGUAUACCCUAGUCAAAAGAAUUCUGUCAGUUUUUUCGUCUUGAUCUUUACCUUCUCAACCCGGGUUUGCAUCCAUGUCGUCUUGGAAGUCGAGGAAUCUGUAAAUAUUUCUCCUGUCAAGGAAACAAGGGACACAACUCGUGUGUUCCUGUUCCUGUGUUCGUGAAAAAGGGACUUGAUCUCGACACACUGCAUUAGAACAACAAAGUAUUACGUUGUACAUAUUCGUAUUCUCCGCGUUUCUGUGAUCAAUAAACCGUCUUUUAUACAA